AUGACUGUAUUCACUACAAUAAUCAAUCCAGAAGAUUUCCAUGAUCCAAGGUUCCAUUCACCAACACUGGUUUCUCCAACUGUUCAAUUUCAGUUACUUCCGAUGAGGUAUUUAACAACAUACAAUUUACAGCAUUACCUUUUCGAUAUACACCGGCUACCAGCAGAAACACACAACAACAGUAUACUGUCGGUAGCCAUAUCUAACGUAUCAUUUGAAGGUUAUGGUUCUAUCAAUCUCCUAAAGGACCAAUUUGAUAUACUUUGGGACAAUUCGAAACUGAAAAGGUUGGAUAUUGAUUUUACCAGAUUUUCAUUCAAAGAUCGAAUUUUUGGGAGGGUUGUUUCUUUGAUCAACCAUAUUCUGAAAAAUACAGAAUAUAAUGCAUUUUUAAGUGUAACUCUUGCCAUUGAGAAAAAUAUGAAUCUGUCGGAUGAAUCCAUGAAGAUAUUGAAUUUAUUACAUGCUGAAUAUAUUAACAUCAACAUGAUAAACCUACUAGUUCCUAAAGAGUUUAAAAGACGAGGAAAAACGUGGGCAGAUAUGCUGAAAACGAUCUUGUCUAAUGUGGAGAUGCAACUACGAGGUUAUGAUGCUGAAAAUACACAUUUUAUAGGAAACAUUGAAAAAUAUAUUGGAAUUACCUUGGAUUGUGAUAUCACUAAUGACGAUAUAUCAUCGAUUCGACAUUCUGUUCGUAAUACUGUGAUUCAUGGCGAAAGAAAAAACAUUACAGAUGAUGAGCUUAUGGUUAUAUGGAACUGGUCUAACAAUAUUGGGUUGGGACAGUUACAAAUAAAAUCUUACUUAACAAACUCGAAAAACGUCAAAAAGUUCCUUGAAAGAAACCAGUUACGUCUGCAAAACUAUAACUCUUUAACAUUACCAAAAGAUGCCUUACUACAACUAGCAAACGAAGUUUCGGGAGGCAGGUCGCUAUCCAUGGCAUCCGUGGAAUCUAUGGUUACAAUUGACGACUAUGUACCUAUUCCAUAUUUCGAAGUGCAAAGGGGUCUACCUGAUUAUGAGACUGCCUUAAAUGAUAAGGUAAACGAAUUCAAUUUCUCGGAAAAUGAUAAUAAUACACUCCAAAAAUUACCCAGUUAUACAUCACAAUUCUAUGUUCCAAAGAACCAAUAA